UGUCGCUGAACCGUUUUACCGGAGAUAGUUGUUAUUCUUUCUGCUUUACCAUGUUGUCAUUUUUGUGCGACUUCACUUGUUUCUCUCCAGGAAGCAAAAUUGACAGGACAGUUUGACUUUGCUAACAAGAGGGGAACACGAUGUCUGGAAGCUUUUAUUUCGUCAUGGUUGGCCACCAGGACAACCCUGUCUUUGAGUUGGAGUUCUUGCCAUCGGGGAAAGCUGAAUCAAAGGAUGACCAUCGUCACCUGAACCAGUUCAUCGCACACGCUGCCCUGGAUUUAGUGGAUGAAAACAUGUGGCUCUCCAACAAUAUGUACUUGAAAACUGUGGACAAGUUCAACGAGUGGUUUGUUUCUGCCUUCGUCACUGCAGGACAUAUAAGAUUCAUCAUGCUGCAUGACGCACGACAAGAAGAUGGAAUCAAAAACUUUUUUAAUGAUGUAUAUGAUUUAUACAUUAAGUUUGCAAUGAAUCCAUUCUACGAAAUCAAUGCACCAAUCCGCUCAACAGCCUUUGAGAGGAAAGUACAGUUUCUUGGAAAGAAACAUCUCUUGAGUUAAUCACUUCACAUGAACGAGGACCAUAAUGCAUCUUGGUUAUUGGUUGUGUGUAUAUAGCUACCACACGUUUGAUGUCUGUCUUUCUUUUCCUGUUUAACAAUUGUACAAUGUAUUAAAUACAUAUUUUCUAUAAAAAGUUGUCUAAAAUCUA